AUGGCCACCGUGUCCGGUCUCACGUUGGACUCCAAGGUGCCAAUGAACUUGUUGGAGAAGAAUAACUUCAUCAACUACAAGUCUCAGCUUGAGAACCUCAGAGUUGUUAAGAGCAGACUGAACAGGCCAUUGACCUACGCCGAGAAGCUCUUGUAUGCCCAUUUGGACAACCCUCAUGAACAGGACAUCGAGAGAGGUGUCUCGUACUUGAAGCUCAGACCAGACAGAAUUGCUUGUCAGGAUGCCACCGCCCAGAUGGCCAUCUUGCAGUUCAUGUCUGCUGGUAUGCCCCAGGUUGCCACCCCAACCACUGUGCACUGUGACCAUUUGAUCCAGGCCCAGAAGUCUGGUCCAGAGGAUUUGGCCCGUGCCAUUGACUUGAACAAGGAAGUCUACGACUUCUUGGCUACUGCCUGUGCCAAGUACAACAUUGGUUUCUGGAAGCCAGGUUCCGGUAUUAUCCACCAGAUCGUUCUUGAGAACUACGCCUUCCCAGGUGAGCUCUUGAUCGGUACCGACUCACACACUCCUAACGCUGGUGGUUUGGGUCAGCUGGCCAUCGGUGUCGGUGGAGCUGAUGCCGUCGAUGUCAUGGCUAACUUGGCCUGGGAGUUGAAGGCUCCAAAGGUUAUCGGUGUCAAGCUUACCGGUAAGAUGAGCGGAUGGACUUCUCCAAAGGAUAUUAUCCUUAAGUUGGCCGGAAUCACCACCGUCAAGGGUGGUACCGGUGCCAUCGUUGAGUACUUCGGUGACGGUGUCGACACCUUCUCUUGUACUGGUAUGGGUACCAUCUGUAACAUGGGUGCCGAGAUUGGUGCUACCACUUCCGUUUUCCCAUUCAACAAGUCCAUGGUUGACUACCUGAAUGCAACCGGCAGAUCCCAGAUUGCUGACUUUGCCAAGCUUUACCAGAAGGAGUACCUUUCUGCUGAUGCUGGUGCCGAGUACGACCAGUUGAUCGAGAUUGACUUGAACACUCUUGAGCCACACAUCAACGGUCCAUUCACCCCAGAUUUGGCCACUCCAGUCUCCAAGAUGAAGGAGGUUGCCAUCGCCAACGACUGGCCUUUGGAGGUCAAGGUUGGUUUGAUCGGUUCUUGUACCAACUCUUCUUACGAGGAUAUGUCCAGAGCCGCUUCCAUCAUCAAGGAUGCUGAGACUCAUGGUUUGAAGUCAAAGGCCAUUUUCACUGUUACCCCAGGUUCCGAGCAAGUCCGUGCCACCAUUGCCCGUGAUGGUCAAUUGGAGACCUUUGAGGACUUCGGUGGUAAGGUUUUGGCUAACGCCUGUGGUCCAUGUAUCGGUCAAUGGGACCGUCAGGACAUUAAGAAGGGUGACAAGAACACCAUUGUGUCUUCAUUCAACAGAAACUUCACCUCCAGAAACGACGGUAACCCACAAACACAUGCCUUUGUUGCUUCUCCAGAGAUGGUUGUUGCCUACGCCAUUGCCGGUGAUUUGAGAUUCAACCCAUUGACUGACAAGUUGAAGGAUGCUGAUGGAAACGAGUUCAUGCUCAAGGCCCCAGUUGGUCUUGGUUUGCCACCAAAUGGAUACGAUCCAGGUGAAAACACUUACCAGGCCCCACCAGAAGACAGAUCUUCUGUUACUGUCCAGGUUUCCCCAACUUCCGACCGUUUGCAGCUCUUGACUCCAUUCAAGGCCUGGGAUGGUAAGGAUGCCACCAGAUUGCCAAUCUUGAUCAAGUCUCUUGGUAAGACCACCACCGACCAUAUCUCUAUGGCCGGUCCAUGGUUGAAGUACCGUGGUCACUUGGAGAACAUCUCCAACAACUACAUGAUCGGUGCUAUCAACGCUGAGAACGGAGAGGCCAACAACAUCAAGAACCACUACACCGGUAAGUUUGACGGAGUCCCAGAGACUGCCGGAUGGUACCGUGACAACGGCUACAAGUGGGUCGUUAUCGGAGGUGAGAACUUCGGUGAGGGUUCCUCUAGAGAGCACGCCGCCUUGGAGCCACGUUUCCUUGGUGGAUUUGCCAUCAUUACCAAGUCCUUUGCCCGUAUCCACGAGACCAACUUGAAGAAGCAAGGUCUUUUGCCAUUGAACUUUGUUGAGCCAGAGGCCUAUGACAGAAUCAACCCAGACGACGAGGUCGACCUGAUCGGUUUGACUGAGUUGGCCCCAGGCAAGCCUGUCACCUUGGUUAUUCAUCCAAAGGAUGGCGAGGCUUGGUCCACUCCAUUGUCCCACACCUACAACUCUGAGCAGAUCGAAUGGUUUAAGUACGGUUCUGCUUUGAACAAGAUGGCUGCUUCUUCAGCCUAA